AUGUGGUAUAAGGAUGAUAAAAUCAUCAAAUUGAUUGAACAAUGGUGGAGUGAAUCAUUAUUCUACAACUCAAAGAUGUAUAUUGUUGCAAACAAGCCAAAGGCAAUCAAGAGGAAGCUCUUGGAGUGGAAUAGAGAGCACUUCAGUAACAUCUUUGAUAAGAAACUGUUAGUAGAAAAUGACCUCAAGGAUGUUAAUAGGGAAGUUUUGGAUCGAGGGAUGGAUGAACCUCUCUUCUUAAAGGAACAAAUUUUACUAACUGAGUAUGAAAAUAUUCUAACUAAAGAAGAAAUCUUCUGGAAACAAAAAUCCAGGAAAACUUGGUUGAAAGAUGGUGAUUGCAACACAAAGUUCUUUCAUAAUAGCACCAAGCAGAGAAGAUGGGUAAACCAAAUCUCUAACAUUAAGAACUACCAAGGAGUAAAUAUGGAAGAACCAUUAGAGGUGGUAGCAGAGGGAGUAAGGUUUUUUGAAGGCAUCCUUAACAAUACUAUUGGUUCAAACCUUAGUGGCCAACACAAUAUAAUUAGUAAUACUCUAAAACUCAUUGAUGCAAAACAUAACAGUUGUCUGCUUGAGAAGUUUAUAGAGGAGGAGGUCAAAUCUGCCCUCAUGAAAAUGAAUCCAGAUAAGGCUCUGGGCCCAGAUGGUUUCCCAACCAGUUUCUUCCAAACAUUCUGGGGAUUUAUGGGUUCGGAGAUAACAGAGGCCUUAGAAGGUGUUAUAAACAUAGGUAAGAUACUGAAGGAGAUCAACAAUACUUUCUUAGUUAUGAUUCUGAAAAAGAGAAACCUGAUAGCUUUAAUGAAUAUAGGCCCAUAG